AUGAGGCAGUUCAUGUCGGGGACGAGGCGCGUCGAGUUCGCUGAUUUCUGGAUGGGCGAUCAAUUCUGUAGCCUCGUCUUCACCUUGUCCAACCUCUACUUCAUCCCCUGCACCUACACCGUCGGCUUUGAUGACUGGCGACAGUGCACGACGUCGACCAAGAACUGGCCGGUCAUGUUCGUCGUUGGAACAUUGCCGCUCACCAUCCGUGUCGUACAAUCGAUCAAGCGUUAUUAUGACUCGCGGCUCGUUACCCAUCUUGUCAACGGUGGCAAGUAUGGGACGGGCAUCGUCAUGUACCUCUUCUACUUCCUCUGGAGGCAUAGGACCUCCUAUGACGGACCUUUCUACGCUCUUUACAUUGUUACCGCUAUCCUGUACUCAACUUAUGCUUGCACAUGGGACUUCCUAAUGGACUGGUCGAUGCUCAAAACUCGCGCCAAAUACUUCCUCCUUCGCGACGAGGUGCUCUAUACUAAUCAUAUACCACUCUACUAUCUUGCUAUCGCGUACAAUGCUCUCAUUCGCUUUGCAUGGGUCAUAUAUAUCCCCGAAAAAGGCCCCAGCUUCUUGCUUCGCGCCUUCAUCGUCGGCAUGCUCGAGAUGACAAGGCGAUGGGUGUGGAACUUCUAUCGUUUGGAGAACGAGCACUUGGGUAACAUGGAUCAAUACCGCGUCACGAGAGAAGUACCACUGCCCUACUCUCUCGACGAGCUCGACAUCGACAUGGACGAGGAUGCGGAAGCAGAGGCGAAGAAGGACGCCGAGGACAUGGAUGCGAACUCCAGCUCGUAG